CGACUUACUCCACUCACUUACUCAACACAAAUAAACUCAACAAUGGCCGCUAACAGUAUCGACCAGUCACCCUUCUUCCAAGGGAAGAGAUCUCGAGCGGAAAUUGUCGUGAAAGAUCCUCCAAAGUUCGAUCUCGAGUCUUACGUUUCCAACUAUGAUGGAAGAACUCGCAUCCAUCGUCUUCAUCACAUAGGUUCCUGCUCACCAUUCCUCGCCCUCGAAGCGUACCGUACUGCGAUCACCGAAGCAAAGAAGGGAAAGAACAUUAAGCUGUACCUUUCCUUGGUAGAAGAUUUUGCGAAGAUCUCUCCCAGCGACCCUUUGGCAGUCACUGAUUCGGCAUGGGUGGACAAGAAGAAACGAGACGUGAAGGAAGAGCAAGACAAACUGGAGCAUGAGUUGAAAGCCUAUAAGAACAACUUGAUAAAGGAGAGCAUAAGGAUGGGCCACGAGGAUCUCGGCCACUUCUUCUACGCAACGGGAAACUUUGCGGACGCCCAAAAGGCAUACAUGAGGAUGCGCGAGCACUGCACAUCAAGCAAACAUAUUGCCGACAUGGGCUUACGAGUGACGCUCGCCACUAUUGCUCAGCAAUCCUGGCUUCAGGUACAUUCUGGACUCGUUAAGAUUGAUGCUUCCCAGUUAAAGGGAGAAGAUAAAGCCAAGCUAGAACCCAUUGUCAGCGCAGUGACGGGCCUCGCUCACAUGGCAUUGGGUAGCUUUCGCGAUGCUGCUACCAGCUUCAUCCAUACAUCGCCAGCAUAUUUGAAUGUGGAGCCCGCGGCAGGCAUCGCCUGGCAAAGAGAAGCCUUGUCCGGUAAUGAUGUGGCAGUCUACGGAGGUCUCUGUGCACUUGCUUCGAUGGACCGUGUCGAGUUACAGCAGAUGGUUUUAUCAAACACCGACUUCCGCAACUUCCUCGAAUUGGAACCACAUAUACGCCGCGCCAUCACACUCUUCUGUAACUCGAAGUACAGUGCCUGCUUGGAGGUUCUUGAAAGUUACCGCAACGACUAUCUCUUGGAUGUUUAUCUUUCCAGCCGGGUAUCAGAGAUUUACAACAACAUUCGGACGAAGAGCAUAGUCCAAUACUUCAUCCCCUUCAGCUGUGUCACUUUGGAUGAGAUGGCAGAUAAGUUUCAGCCUACUGGAGACUACGCCAGCAUAGAAACCGAACUCGAAGACAUGAUCAAUGCUGGCGUCCUGGAUGCACGUAUCGACCUCGUUGAUCGCUUACUCAUCUGUCCGUCGACAGAUCCUCGUUUCGAAGUCCAUUCCAACGCCCUCGAGAUGGCAGAGAGUUACGAUCAGACUCUACGCUUACGGUUGUCUCGUAUCAACAUGUUGAGUGCUGGCUUUGCCGUUCCUGCGGAGAAAGGAUCCAAGAUGGAUGCUUUUAUGGGAGGUGGCAUGGGCGAUGGCGGCGUUCUCAGGAACCUUGGGUCGAAACUUGGUCUCUCGUAGACAUUUACGUUUUAUGACAUCUUUGGCGGCAUUUGCAGGCGUUUCAUGCAAAGUCAGGCUGGCGUGUAUACAUUUUUCCUCAGGGCGCUCGAUGGUGGACGUGCAAUUCACCGUCCUACAAAGCCAUGCAUCCGUAGUAUAUGAGCAUAGGAAAAGGCCUAAUCACAUUUCUUCUAAGGCUACUUUGCAUCUUGUGAUAUCUUGAUACAUUAUCUAUUAUAUUGCCCUGUUCUAUUUCCAGCAUGUCUCCUCUCAUAGUUCAUACGGCAAAGUCAGAAUGAUUUACAGAUACUUGUAAUUUAUAAAUAAUCAAUAGCAAUAGACACGAACACGUUGACGGGAU